AUGUCGCAGAAACCCAUCUUUGUCGCUACUCACCCGCGCGCAUGCUCAACAGCAUUUGAACGAGUCUUCAUGACUCGCCGGGAUACCAUCCAGUGUAUCCAUGAGCCAUUUGGCGAUGCUUUCUACUAUGGCCCAGAACGACUGGGUACGAGGUUUAUGGACGACGAGAAGGUCCGCCUUGAGAGCGGCUUCAGUCAGUCAACCUACAGAACCGGCAAAAGAGUUUUCAUCAAGGAUAUCAUCCACUAUCUCCUUCCACCAGGCGGGAAGCCAGCCAGUAUUGCGCCAUCUCUGCUUAAAGUGAAGCGUGGUGUCGGCACUGAGACCAACGGUCAUGUCGAAGCUGGGCAAAGCACCAAGCAGACGUCCCAGUACCCAUACCCCACAGAGCCAGAGCCAGGUAACCCCACCGUCAUGCCCAAGGAACUUCUCUCCAAGUUCCACUUUGCCUUCCUUAUCCGCGACCCCCACUUCAGUGUCCCUUCAUACUACCGCUGCACCAUUCCCCCUCUGGACGACGUCACCGGGUUCUAUUAUUAUGAUCCGGCUGAGGCUGGAUACGACGAGACCCGUCGGACAUUCGACUACCUGCGGAGCGUCCACCUGAUCGGGCCUCAUAUCGCAACGAAGGAGCAGGACGCAGACGAGAUCGACAACAAGCUCAGGCCCGUGGUCAACGGGGUUGGUGCGGCGCACGAAUCGGCUGAGAUCUGCGUCGUCGAUGCGGACGAUAUGCUCGAGAAGCCGGGUGCGAUGAUCGAGGCGUUCUGCCGCAGCGUGGGCAUCGACUAUGACCCGUCGAUGUUGGACUGGGACGAUGAGUCCGAACAGAAGCAGGUGUGCGAUGCAUUCGAGAAGUGGAGGGGAUUUCACAACGAUGCCAUCGAAUCGAAGGGCCUAACAGCCCGGAAACAUGGUCGUCCCGUGAAAACCGAAGAGGAAUUUGACGCCGAAUGGUGCAAGAAGUACGGCCCAGAGGCUGCCGCCCUAAUCCGUAAAUCAGUGGAUGAGAACAUGGCGGAUUACCUGUAUCUCAAGCAGUUUGCCAUGAAAGUGUAA